GCAUCUGUAGGCUCCCGUCUCUUCCCGUUUUGAUCAAUUCCACACACAGAUUCUCUCCUCGCAAGAAACAAAUUCCGGGAAGAAGGCCAGAGAGAGAGAGGAGGCGUGAUCAUAUCACGUAGAUUCAGAGAGAGAGAAUCACGAUGAUAAUCUUUUUUUAGCCUCAGAAAGAGAAGCCGAUCUGAUCGCUCUUUAUAAAGAAUAAAACUCUGCGACAAUUAAUAUAAAGAAAUGGGAACGCUUCAGACUUGGAGAAAAGCCUAUGGCGCUCUCAAAGACACCACCAAAGUCGGACUAGCUCAUGUCAAUAGCGAUUAUGCGGAAUUGGAUGUCGCCAUAGUCAAAGCUACCAACCACGUUGAGUGUCCACCCAAAGAGAGGCACCUUAGAAAAAUCUUGGUUGCCACGUCAGCCAUUCGGCCUCGUGCUGAUGUUGCUUAUUGCAUUCAUGCUCUUUCCCGCCGAUUGGCCAAGACCCAUAAUUGGACGGUUGCAUUGAAAACAUUGAUUGUCAUCCAUAGAUUAUUAAGAGAGGGUGAUCCUACUUUCAGAGAAGAACUACUUAAUUUCUCACAGAGGGGACGCAUUCUCCAACUUUCCAAUUUCAAGGAUGAUUCAAGCCCUAUUGCUUGGGAUUGCUCUGCCUGGGUACGUACAUAUGCUCUAUUUUUGGAGGAGCGGCUUGAAUGCUUUAGAAUUCUGAAGUAUGACAUUGAAGCUGAGCGUAUUCCAAGACCUGCCCAAGGGCAGGAUAAGGGCUACAGCAGAACCAGGGAAUUGGAUAGUGAAGAACUGUUGGAACAGUUGCCUGCAUUGCAGCAGCUGUUGUAUCGUCUUGUUGGUUGCAGGCCAGAAGGUGCAGCUGUUGCCAAUUAUGUUAUACAGUACGCUCUGGCUCUGGUGUUGAAAGAGAGCUUUAAAAUAUACUGUGCUAUUAAUGAUGGAAUUAUCAAUCUUGUGGAUAAGUUCUUUGAGAUGCCAAGACAUGAAGCUUUCACUGCCCUUGAUGUCUACAAACGAGCUGGCCAGCAGGCUAUUAGUCUUUCCGAUUUCUAUGACGUCUGCAAAGGAUUGGAACUUGCUAGGAACUUCCAAUUUCCUGUUCUGAGAGAACCUCCGCAAUCCUUUCUUUCUACCAUGGAAGAGUAUAUAAGAGAGGCACCUAGAGUUGUCUCUGUUCCAAGUGAGCCACUGCUCCAAUUAACGUACAGACCAGAAGAGGGUCCUGAUGAAUCUGAAGACGCCAAAUUACCAAGUGAUGAACCUGAGCCAGUGCCUUCAGAUGAAGUUGCUGUCUCCAGCAUUGACAAUGCUUCUCCAGCUCCUCCCAGACCUCCUCAGAACAACAUGGACACUGGAGACUUGCUGGGAUUGAGUUAUGAAGCACCUGAUGCAUCAGACAUUGAAGAAAGAAAUGCUUUGGCUCUGGCUAUAGUUCCAACUGAACAAGAUGCUGCACCAACAUUUAAUUCUGGGGCUGGUCAAGCAAAAGAUUUUGACCCUACUGGAUGGGAACUUGCCCUGGUUAGCACUCCGAGCAGUGACAUCUCUGCAGCUAACGAGCGGCAGUUGGCUGGUGGAUUGGACUCGCUCACUUUGAACAGUUUGUAUGACGAAGCAGCAUAUAGAGCUGCACAGCGGCCUGUUUAUGGGGCACCAGCUCCAAAUCCAUUUGAGGUACAAGAUCCAUUCGCCAUGUCAAACAGCAUUGCUCCUCCUUCUGCGGUUCAGAUGGCAGCAAUGGGUCAACAGCCUCCCAAUCCGUUUGGUCCAUUCCAACCUACCUAUCCACAGCCAAUGCAGCAGCAACAUUUGAUGAUGAGCCCUGCAAAUCCUUUUGGUGAUACUGGGUUGGGGACAUUUCCUGUGAAUCCUGUUACUCAUCCUACCAAUCCAUUUGGAGGCUCAGGCAUUUUGUAAUUACAUGCUUAAACAUUUAAGAAGUCAUUAGCUGAUGAAGUUGGUUUUUGCGCAAUGGAAAUGAGUAAAGCAGCAUGGGAUAGUUGUUGACCUACUAGAUUUGAUGGUUUGCGGCAUGAAUCGUGUUUGUUUUGGUUGUAAAAAAUAGCAAAUAGUGUAUCAUGGACAACUAGAUACGGAUGAUAAUAAUAGCGAGUGAUUUUUGAAA